UUUCCCAACGUGCUGUGCGAAGAGAGCAAAGAUGGCAGCGGCAGCGUCGGCUCGUUGGCUGAGGAUCCGCUGCAGGCUUUGCUUGCCGCUGAAGAGUCGGAGGGCAGAUCCAUGUGAACAGGCCCCCAGUUGCAGGGCUUUUAUUUUUUGCAGAUUUUAUUCUGAAAGUGCAGCCCUCCCAAACGUUGAAGGAGCUGAUGUAACAGGGAUUGAAGAAGUGAUCAUUCCAAAAAGGAAAACUUGGGAUAAAGUGGCUGUUCUUCAGGCACUUGCAUCCACAGUAAACAGGGAUACCACAGCUGCCCCUUACGCAUUUCAAGAUGAUCCUUAUCUCAUACCAGCAUCUUCUCUGGAAUCUCGUUCAUUUUUGUUGGCAAAGAAGUCUGGGGAGAAUGCAGCCAAGUUUAUUAUUAAUUCACAUCCCAAAUAUUUUCAGAAGGACAUAGCUGAACCUCAUAUACCGUGUUUAAUGCCUGAGUACUUUGAACCUCAGAUUGAAGAUAUAAGCGAAGCUGCUCUAAAGGAACGAAUUAAGCUCAGAAAAGUCAAAGCUUCGGUGGACAUGUUUGAUCAACUCUUGCAAGCAGGAACUACUGUUUCUCUGGAAACAACUAAUGGUCUCUUGGAUUUAUUGUGCUACUAUGGUGACCAAGAGCCCUCAGCUGAUUAUCAUUUUCAACAACGUGAACAAUCAGAAGAGUCGGAAGAGGCCACAGAGGAAAAUAAUGAGAAAUCUAGGAAGAAGGCUGGUCCUCAGUUGGGAGUUACUUGGAGAGCAAAAAACAAUGCUGAGAGAAUCUUUGCUCUAAUGCCUGAGAAAAAUGCACAUUCCUACUGCACAAUGAUCCGAGGAAUGGUGAAGCACCGAGCUCCUGUGCAGGCAUUAAACUUGUACACUGAAUUAUUGAACAACAGACUUCGUGCUGAUGUAUACACCUUCAAUGCAGUGAUUGAAGCAAAAGCAUUGAUGGUAAAUGAGAAAUUUGAGGAAAAAUGGAAUAACAUACUGGAGCUGCUGAAGCAAAUGGUUGCACAGAAGGUGAAACCAAAUCUACAAACUUUUAAUACAAUUCUGAAGUGUCUCCGAAGAUUUUAUGCAUUUGGAAGAUUGCCAGCCUUACAGACCUUACGUGAGAUGAAAGCCAUUGGAAUAGAACCCUCGCUUGCAACGUAUCACUAUAUUAUUCAGCUGUUUUAUCAACAAGAAAGCUCUGCAAAAGGAUCACCCCUCAUAAUCUAUGACAUCAUGAAUGAAGUAAUGGGAAAGAAAUUUUCCCCAAAGGACCCAGAUGAUGAUGCGUUUUUUCAGUCAGCCAUGAGAGUUUGCUCAUCUCUCAGAGAUCUAGAACUUGCUUACCAAGUACAUGGGCUUUUAAACACUGGAGACAACUGGAAAUUCAUUGGACCUGAUAAUCGACGUAAUUUCUAUUAUUCCAGGUUUUUCAGUUUGCUUUGCCUAAUGGAACAAAUUGAUGUCACUUUGAAGUGGUAUAAGGACCUGAUACCUUCAGUCUUCUUUCCCCAUUCUCAAACAUUGAUAGAUCUUCUCCAAGCAUUGGAUGUGGCCAACCGACUAGAAUUGAUCCCUCAGAUUUGGAAAGAUAGUAAAGAAUAUGGUCAUACUUAUCGCAGUGACCUGAAAGAAGAGAUUCUGAUGCUCAUGGCAAGGGAUCAGCACCCACCAGAGCUUCAGGUGGCGUUUGCUGACUGUGCUGCAGAUAUCAAAUCUACGUAUGAAAACCAAGAUGCCAGACAGACUGUUCCUGAUUGGCCAGCCAACCCUCUGAACUAUAUAGCUGUCCUUUUUUUAAGGGCUGGGAGAACCCAGGAAGCCUGGAAAAUGUUGGAGCUUUUCAGGAAGCAUAAUAAGAUCCCGAGGAAUGAGUUGCUGAAUGAGUUUAUGGACAGUGCAAAAGCAUCCAGUAGCCCUGACCAGGCCAUGGAGGUAGUGAAGCUGGCGAGUGCCUUCAGCUUACCUAUUUGUGAGAGCCUCACCCGGAGAGUGAUGGCUGACUUCGCAGUCAGCCAGGAGCAGAAGGAAGCCCUGGGAAACCUAACUGCAUUGACCAGUGACAGUGACAGCGACAGUGACAGUGACAUCAGCGAAGGCAAAUAGAAGUGGUGGAUCAGGAGCAGCUGUGGCCUAGCAUAGCUGCUGUAAUUACACUUGAGAACUGAGACGUUCAUAUUUAACCAUGAUACGAAGAAAACAUGACAGUAAUACAGAUUUGGUGAACUUUGAAGUACAGUUGAAUACAGCACUGACUUAUUUAGGUUAAAUUCCUAAUUUGAUACUUUGUAAACCAUCCAUUCAGGGUUUAUUGUUGAAAACAGAAGCAGCACUACUGUUUUCAUUUCCUUAGACACACGUUGUGAGGUACAUAGCUCCCGAUUUCGGCAUAAGCUCUGCACACCUGCAGUGUUCGUCAGCCGACGUCACGCUCUGUGGUCACUGGUUUGCCCUCCCCUUGUGGAGCUCAGCCUUCAUUGGGUGAUGCUGUGAUGCGGGUACUUCUUGAUCUUAGAGAAGGCAUCUAAAGGAAGUUGUCAUACAAUUACAUCACAGUUGAUAAUGGGUCAGUAGUACCCCAAUUUCAGGGAUAUUUAGAUGUAAAAAAUUGUGCAUCUUAGAAUUGAUUAAAUGACAACGGCAGAAGUUUAGGCUGCACAGCUGGGAAAAUGAAGACUGUCAAUAAACAUGUAAUUACUGUACAUGUGUAGGUAUUUAUGUUGUCUUUAUAUAGCCUUUGCCGUAGUCCUCCCACUAGACGUGGGGCUUGCACAAGAGCGUUUCGUCUCCUCCUUUCUCUCCCCCUAUUUUGUGUGUGCUGGCACCUUCUUUAGUUGUGCUGUACUUAGUGUGGUCUCACGGAGGGCUUGUGGUGACGUAAUGAUUGAAAUGUCUUGUUACAAUUGUGCAUUGCUGGUAAUCAAGUUGGUCAAGAACCUGUACUUCUAGCAUUUCUCUCUUAACCACUAUGGCUUUCAGAUAAUAUUGGAAGCUAACAGGAAUUUGAGAGGUUUGCAGAAGCGUUUUGACCUUCACAAGGGCUUCUCCCACAGGCUGUUUUGCUCGUAUCUGAUUCCCAGAUUUACUGAGGCACCCCAUGAGUCCUCACAGAGGAGCAACCUCAUCCUUAGCCUGCCGGGGUUGACGUUUAUGGGCUGCUAGUGUAUUGUAUUGAUGUCUGCUCCCAUCUCCAUUUACCAUUCUCUCUAGUCUGGAACCCAGUGAUACAUCUUCAGAAACCUAAGUAUCAGUGCACGUUCUCUCCCAGAAUGUCCAAGUUUGACAUCUAAUUGACGGACAAAGACGGGGGGAAAUGACAGUAGUCAGCUACUUAAACAUUCAUGUACAUUGCGCCAUUAGCCUCUUGACAUAUCAGAGCAAAUGAGCAGAAAGGUCAGAUAGAGCAGGUUAGCCUCUGAUCUUGGUUUACAACUUCCAAGGAGAACCUGGCUGCCUGGGAGCUUCUGUUAACUCAGCCCUUUCUUCCCCCGGUUCAUCGACACCUGCAAAUGCCUGAAUCUCUGCGAGAACUCCCUCAGUGCAAUCCUGCUAAUUGUGGUAACUUCUCCCCUUGCCAGGUGCUAGCUGAAUCCUCACCAUAAUGCUUUGCUGCUAUAAAGUUGAUGGGAAAGUCCAUCUGGACGAUGUCAUGUGAGUCUAGUGGACUUGCAAAGUGGGUGAUGUGUAGCUCAGUGGUUUUAACUGUUACGGAUAUUCCAGACCCCCACUCUGGGCAAAUAACUGCUUUGAACUUUUUGGGGGAAAAAUUAAGGCCUAUAGGAUUGGUCUCCAUUCUUAUUGUUAAAUGUUGAUUUCACUAACUGGUGAAAUAGUAGCCUCUGAUAGUAAAAGAUGUUCUCUUUUUCUAUGCCAAAGUAACCUACCAAUUUUUGCUUUUGGUCCUGGGUCUCCCCUUAAUUGCUGUCUCUUCUUGCUCUACCACUGUCUCUGCACUUCAAUACAACUCAAAAACUGCAUUCCUAAAUGGCAGUUACAAAAAUGAGGGGCUUCUUGGUGAAGUAGAACAUUUCAUUUUUAAGACCACUCUUACGGAACAGUCUCAACAUCUCAGUUGAUGUUUAUAUAGGAGAAAUUUCUAUUUACAAUACAGAACUCAGUUUAACAUUUUAAACAAAAUGAUAUGAGGAAAAAGGUUUAUAACUCAAUACAAUUAGGACCAAAUCAAGUUUGAAAAGCUUCACAGCAUUAAAAGGGGAUAUGCUGCUUUAAUGAUGCCAGAGCUGAGAGGCAUCAGCAUUAAUCGUAUAUAAAGCAACUAUGUUAAAAUAAAAAUCUGAAAACAGCCUUUUGGAAAUUGGGAACUGAGGGUAGUGAAACUACCUGUGAGUAGCUUAUAUAGAAAAGGAAAAGAAGAAACCAAACAGAAGAGCAAAUGGGAGUCAGGACUCACGGAAUGGGAACGGUAAAGGGAGGUGUCUUAAUGUAUGUGGGAUGAACUUGAGUGUUGUCUCAGUUAGAUUACCGAUGUGUGGAAAUUGGAAACUAGCAGAUUUUGGUUCAACAGGAUGUAUGAGGACUCUAGCAAUAAAAGGACUGUCUUAUAUCUGUCAGUCUGCAGGGUCUGAAAUCAGUUUUUGUGGGUGAUGAAUAUUUUAAUGAAAUGGAUUAGAAAAUUUAAGUACGUCGCAUGCAGUAAAGUUUUGUGGUGCGUUUUUUACAGUGCCAUAAAUAAAGAUAUACAUGCAUAUAUGUA